GGGCCAGCGGGCAGCCUGGGGUGGGCUCACAUACACACACACGCACGCACACGCAUGCUCCAGGUGCCAGGAGACGGAGCACGGGCCACGGCCACCAUGGGCUCCGGGGCCACGAGCCUAUGGGGGGGGCUGGGGCUGAGCCUGGGCCUGGCAGGUACGGAACAAGACAGACGGCACUUGGGGGGUCUCUCCACCCGGGACCCAGCCCAGCCUCAUGUCUCCGCAGGCGUCUUGGGCAGGAGCUGCAUCUUUUACGAGCACCCCAGCGUGCGGGGCAGCCUGCGGCACCAGGGCCGCGCGCUGACGGGCACCGAGCCUGGCGCUGUGCAGUGCCUUCAAAGCGAAUGCUGCUUCGGCCUCUGGAACCAGAGCCACAUCCUCAUGCAAGGUUGCUGGAGCAGCGACCGGGACGGCUGCGAGGCGGUGGCCUGUGUACCCAGCCCUCGCGCCAACCUGCUGCGCUGCCUCUGCCGUGCUGAUCUCUGCAACGCCAACAUCAGUGCCCUGGGGGCUGCACCACAGGCGUCCUCGGCCUCCACUCCCUCCGGGCCCCUGUGCAUCGCGGGCGCUGUCCUGCUCUUCCUGGGCUGCCUGGCCCUCCUAGGGCUGUGGCGAGUGAAGGUCUGCUCCAUGCUGCUGAGCUGCCGGGCCCGGGGGAAGCAUGCCAAGGGGGUCCCGGGCCCCAGCUCUGCCCUCCCCAGGGACCCCCCCAGCCAGGAGCUGCCAGCGCUUCACUUCCUACAGGUCCUGCAGACCGGGCGCUUCUCAAUGGUGUGGCGUGGCUCCCUGCGGGGGGUGCCCGUGGUGAUCAAGGCCUUCCCUGCCGCUAGUGACCAGCACUUCGCAGCUGAGUGGGGUGUCCUGAGCCGGCCUCUCAUGAACCAUGACAACCUGGUCCAGCUCCUGGAGGCCAGGCGGGGGGACGGGCCCAGUAGGCGAGGUGGGCUGCUGGUCAUGCCGCUCUAUGCCCAAGGCUCCCUGCGGUACUUCCUGGGUCAACAUGCCAGCCCCUGGGAGGGCACCGUGCGCCUGGCGCUGUCGCUGGCCUGCGGCCUGGCCUUCCUCCAUGAUGAGCUGUGGCGCGAUGGGUUAUACAAGCCAAGCGUGGCCCACCGGGACCUGAGCAGCCAGAAUGUGCUGGUGCGGGACGACGGGGCCUGCACCAUCGCCGACUUUGGGCUGGCUAUAGUGCUGCCCACCAGCCCCGAGGCCUGGCCCAGGGACCGCUCGCCCACCGCCAUCAGGAAGCUGGGGACACAGCGAUACAUGGCCCCCGAGAUCCUGGACGAGAGCCUGGACCUGCGGCGCUGGGGCUGCGCGCUGAAGCAGGCCGACGUCUAUGCGUUUGCCCUGGUGCUCUGGGAGAUCCUCAUGCGCUGCCCUGCGCUCUUCCCAGGCUGCAGCGUCCCUGAGUUUCGGCUGGCCUACGAGGCGGAGCUGGGCAGCAGCCCCAGCCCCAUGGCGCUGCGGAGGCUGGCGGUGGAGCAGCAGCGGAGGCCAGCCAUCCCCCAGGCCUGGAUGGGCACCAGAGGGGUCCCCGGCUGCCUGCAGGAGCUGCUGGAGGACUGCUGGGACCCCGACCCCGAGGCCCGGCUGACGGCCAAGUGCGCCCACCAGCGCCUGCAGCAGCUGGGGCCGGAGCCUCCCUUAGGGGGGCCCUGAGCCAGCCGGGCGCGGUUCCUUAUUUCCAGUUCCCUUUUCACUGCUCAUCCUUGCCACCUUGAGGACGGCGGCAAUGACCGGAGCAAGCUGAAGGCUCCGGGUUUCAUCCCCGACGCGCCUUUGCUAAUAAAAGUGUGUGAUCAAGUCA